AUGUCCUCCCUCCCUCCCAUCCAGGCCUCUACGUCGCCGGUCAGUCGGAAUCGCACCUCUUUUCUCUCCAAGUUCCGGUCCCCACUUGGCAACCGCAAUCGCAGCAUCACCGACUUUUAUAUCGAUCCCGAUGACCCAUGGCGCUCGUACUUUCCUGGAGACGUGAUCAAAGGCACAGUUAUUGUCACAGUUGUGCGGCCGGUUCGCAUUACACAUAUAGUGGUCUGUCUGCAUGGAUAUGUGAAGGUGUUUAAAAACGCCGUCCCCGCCGGGGAAGCGACUCCUGAUCUAGGAUUCCUUGGACCGGGGCGCGGCCGACGAGGCGCCGAAUACAUGGGCAACGGCCUGGCGACCUUGUUCGAGGAUGAAGUCGUUCUCUGUGGCGAUGGGCGUCUCAAAGAGGGCAUCUAUAAAUUCCGCUUUGAAAUGGGGCUACCUCCAUACGCCCUGCCCAGUAGUCUCAAUUUCGAACGAGGCACCAUUGAAUAUGCUUUAACAUCAACCCUUACCCGACCCACAACCAUGAACCCUACAAUGUCCUGCCGACGGCGGGUCAAUUUCCUCGAAAACAUUGAUAUAGCUCCAUUUCCCGCACCCAAAGCCCGCAUUGUCACGCUUGAACCGAUUUCAAAGCGCUCCAAAUCCAAGGCCAAAGCCAGAUCAAUAAACUCCGACGCGACCGCGGCUCCAGAUUCCGCCUCUAUAGAUACCCCCAUCAGCGGUGCAGCUGCCUCAGUGGACAACCGUCCGCCCCUCAGUCCGUCUCCCAGCAACGUCAGCUCCUCCAGCCGUCCGAGUGAAAGUAGCCAGAGCUUUCAGAUUGUGAGCGACCCGAGCUCCUCCACAAGCACCGGAGGCCGGAACAGCGAAGGUCGCAGCGCGACCCCUUCGAUCUCAGAUAAGACGAUUACCGCGAAGGCCGAGGUUUUGCGCGCAGGCGUGCUGCCCGGGGAUACCUUACCCAUCAAGGUUACGAUCAACCAUUGGAAGCAGGUGCGCAGCGCGCACGGAAUUAUCGUUACUUUUUAUCGGCAGGGCCGCAUUGAUAUGCACCCAGCAAUUCCCAUCGGUACUACGGCCGCCGGGAAGAAACCGGUCUACGAGGACUGUUAUCCACGCUCGCGGACUGGACUGGGAGGAUUAACUCUUGGCACAAGUCGUACCAGCAGCACUUUCCGCAAGGAUCUGUCACAGACAUUCGCACCGCUGAUCGUGGAUCCGAGCAACAUGACCGCGAUUGUCAAAACAUCGAUUCGAGUCCCGGAAGACGCGUUCCCCACCAUCACUCGUGUGCCGGGCGCCAUGAUCAACUUUCGAUAUUAUGUCGAGGUUGUGGUAGACCUGCGAGGCAAAAUCACUUCCCCCGAUCGUUUCAUUCCCCGUUUCAACAUGGUGUCUGGCGGAAGUACGUUCUCACCCAGUGGCCAAAUUCUCAACCCUGCAGAUGUGAACGGAAGUGGUAUCACAGCCAACUGGGGUGGCAACAUCUUGGAUACGGACCAGAUCCGCCGAGAGAAGGGUGUCGUUUCGAUGGCAUUCGAAGUAGUCGUUGGGACGCGCGACACUCAGCGUGGCCAAGCUACUCUUGAACGCACGACAUCCAUGGCUGCCGAAUCGACUGCGUCUCAUACCACACCCCAAGCUCAUUCUGCAGUGGUCAAUCACACCGACGGAGAAGAUUGGCCUGAGGCAAGCCCAAUGCCGACCUUCCAUACCGAAUACGGGCAAGAAGACUAUGAUUACGGCUUCCCCCAGGGCCACUGGUCAGAGUAUCCCGAUGAUUACGCCCAACCGUUUCAGCCUAUCGGUCCUAUGAUGGCGCAUACAGAGGAGGAAGAACCCGUUGAUGAAAAAGCCAGGUUACGACGCCAUGAAGAAACCCUUCUUCCUAGUCAACCGCCCGAGGAAGAAGAGGCAGGGCCGUCCAAUGCAGAAAUGGCCGUGCCGACCGCGCCAGUCCUGCCAGACGACCACCACCUACAAGAUUAUGAACAUCUGCCGUCCCCGGCUACCAACGGUGUGCCACAUUCUGUACGGUCUGCUGAAUCGCUACAAACCGUUGUCGUAGCCAAUGGUCACGUCGCUGCAGCAGGUCCCAGCGAACCCUCGGCGCCCGCAGACGACAAGCAGGAACUCGAGCGACAACGGCUUAUGCAACAAACCAGUGCUCCUAGUGCUCCUCCUGCAGACACAAAUGGCGAACCCAGUGAGGAUCGCAGUGUUCCUACUGCGCCCAACUUUGAUGAAGACGAUCAAUUGGUGGGCGGUACAGCGCAUGCGGACGAGUCUUUACCUCGGUAUCAGCGAUGA